UAUCGUGUGUGGUGCCAUAUACCGUCAUGGGACUGACUCACUCUCGCUCUCAUCACUCUCAUUCUUACUCGUCUAGUUCUUUCCAUGAUCAAAAUAUUGAUAUGGAAAUGAGUGAAUCGAUCAGCACCCAAACGGAUGUUUCUUUCAUUCUCGCAAAGCAUGUCUUUUCCAAAGAGAUUAAAGGCGAUACCAACCUCGUGUUCUCUCCUCUUUCAAUUCAAAUAGUACUAGGCCUGAUUGCUGCAGGAUCAAAGGGGCCAACUAAGGAUCAACUUCUCUGUUUCCUCAAGUCCAAAUCCAUCAAUGAACUCAAUUCUCUGUAUUCUCAUAUUGUCAAUAUUGUCUUUGUUGAUGGCAGCCCCAAUGGAGGUCCACGUUUGUCCAUUGCUAAUGGUGUUUGGAUCGAUCAAACGCUGCCUUUUAAGCCUUCUUUUAAAAAGGUUGUGGAUAACGUUUACAAGGCUGCUUCAAAUUCUGUUGAUUUUCAGAACAAGGCUACUGAGGUUGCCAAUCAAGUCAAUCAAUGGGCUAAAAUGAAGACAAAUGAUCUCAUCAAAGAGAUACUUCCUCAUGGCACAGUAAACAAUAUGACAAGGCUCAUCUUUGCAAACGCGCUAUAUUUUAAAGGAGAGUGGAACGACAAAUUCAAUGCUUCAGAAACAAAAGACUAUGAAUUCCAUCUCCUCAGAGGAGGGUCUAUUAAAGCACCUUUCAUGACCAGCAAUAAGAAGCAGUAUGCAGUAGCCUUUGAUGGCUUUAAAGUAUUGGUACUUCAUUACAAACAAGGUAGAGAUACUACACGUCGUUUCUGCAUGUAUCUAAUUUUGCCAGAUGCUCGUGAUGGAUUACCAGCUUUAAUAGACAAAAUCAGUUCAGAACCAGGAUUUUUAAACAACCAUGUUCCGUUUGAAAAGGCUAAAAUGCGCAAGUUACUUAUCCCCAAAUUCAAAACAACUUUUGGUUUUGAAGCUUCUAAGGUUCUAAAGGGACUUGGUGUCACUUCGCCUUUCUCUAGUGGUGGCCUCACUGAGAUGGUGGAUUCCGUGUUAGGUGGCAGGUUGUUCGUUUCACAGAUUUUUCAUAAGUCGUUCAUUGAGGUAAAUGAAGAAGGAACCGAAGCUGCAGCUGUUACAGCUAGUGUGGUAAUGACUAAAUCCUUGAUAAUUGAGAAGGAAAUCGACUUUGUUGCUGACCAUCCAUUCAUGUUCCUUAUAAGAGACGAUGCUACUGGUGUUGUGUUGUUCAUAGGGAGCGUGCUGAAUCCUCUAGCUGGUUAAUUAGACCAUAUUG